ACGCAAUUGAUAAUCCGGAGUCUGCAGGAAUAAACUAGGAAAAGUUAUGUUUCUGCACUUGUUUCCACUUCCCUAUUCCAAGCGCCAUCUUUGUUUUGCUCUUUGACCUCAACGGACAAUCACUCCCGGACUUCUGCCACAGCGCAGACAUGAUCGAGAUCAAGGUGCUGCAGCCAGACGACUGGCCGCUCUGGCGUGAGAUACGGCUCCAGGCGCUCGCCGAGGCGCCGUACGCCUUCGGCGCGACACUGGCGGAUUGGCAGGGCGACGGCGAUCGGGAGGAGCGGUGGCGGGCCCGGCUGUCCAUCCCCGGCUCGCUCAACAUCAUCGCCUAUCUCGGCGGCAGUCCCGUUGGCAUGGCGAGCGGCGUACCGGCCGAGGACGACCCCGAGAGCAGCGAGCUGAAGUCGCCGUGGGUGAGCCCCGAGGCGCGCGGGAAGGGCGUGGGCGACCGCCUCCUGGACGAGAUCGAGCGGUGGGCGGUUGGUCUCGGCAUGCGGACAUUGCGCCUGCUCGUGCGGCCGUCGAACGCUCCGGCCAUUGCGCUCUACCGCCGGCAUGGCCUGAAGGAGACUGGCGAGAGCGGCGACCCGACGCCUAACGGUACCGGUCACGAAGUCGUUAUGGCCAAGCAACUCGCGGUGUAAUGCCUUCACCAGGACGUUGCCGCUGCGCGAGAACGGCAGGCACACCUUGGCCCCCCCCCCCCCCCC